UUGAAAACAAGAGGGAUAUUUCUAACAAAAGGACCUGUUUGGGGAAACCACCUGUGGAGCACCAGCUCCAGAGAGAGGAGGACCUGGAACAUGCAUCUGGCACACUCAACAGAUCCAGUGUAUUUGCCUCAAGACCUGGUAUUUGUCCAGUGAAGGAUAUGGAAACAUUUGAUUAUCCUUGCACGUUCGACACUGAAUGUCCAGGGCUGAAAAAAUGCUGCAGCUCAUCCAAAGGAGCAGGCUGUGUGGAUCCCAUGCCAGAGGGGAGGAUGUUCUGGUACAAUGUGACAGUGCUUGUGAAAAUGGAUUUUAGUGAAUUGAUCCGGGUGGAUUCCCACCUUCUGAAUCAUUCCCGCCUCUUGCACUCUGUGAUCACUGGUGCGUUGCAGCCCCUGAAAGCCUCUGUGCACCACAUCCAGAGUAACCGUGGGGACAUCUACGCUGGGACAGUGGCCUCCCAGCUUCUCCUGGGCAUGCAGCAUCCAGCUCCUCUGGCAGAGGUCUCCUCCUCCCUGAAGGCCAUGGUGAAGCGCGUGUAUGAAGUGAUUGACACGCAAGUGCAAGAUGUCAAUGAAUGCUCCUAUGCUGAAUUCAAUGCUUGCCCUGAGAAAAGCAGCUGUGUGAACCUGGAGGGCUAUUACAGCUGUCACCCCCAGCACGGACAUGCCACUGUCAUCCCUCACUGGCUGAGCCCAAGGAAGGAAGAUUUUCCCUCAGGCAUUGUAGCAUCUACUCCAAGUUCAGUAAAUGCUGUUAACACUGGCAGUACCUCUCCUUCUGUAAGGAAAUCAAGUCUCUUGUCUAUAACCAACCAAUCUACAGAUGCUGAGUGCUAUCCCUCUGCAGUUACAAACCAUCGGAUCCUCAGCGUUACCAGCAACAGCUUUGAAAUGUCCUGGCUUGUCAGUUCCACUCUGAACCACACUUUCCAUGUCCGAGUGGCCAAGGGCAAUGAAACUGUGCAAAGCCUGAGGACUGAGGAAAUGCAGGUGGAUGUGUCUCACCUGGAAGCAGGUGUGAUGUAUUCAGUAGAGAUCAGCUAUGAAACUUGUGGGAAAACCAUUAUCUCCCAUCAAAAUGUUAAAACAGAGGCCAAGCUGUUUGAUGUUACUAUGAGGAUUCUCAACUACAACUUCACUGAUGAUUUCCAUAAUUCCAGCAGCUCAACAUAUGAGGAAUUUUCAAGGAUUUUGCUUACAGAGCUUGAAAAGUCAUUCCCACCCAACAUUUCUGCCUUGUACACAUCUGGGAAGCUGAAAGUACAGAUUGAAUCCCUGGCUGCAGGAAGCAUCAUUGUGAGGCUCAGAAUCACUGUGCAGGAUCCCGAGUUUCCAGUGGAUGCCUCCACAUUUGCCCCAGUGCUUUCCUACCUGCACAAUGGCUCUGUGCUAGAGGUGGAUCAGCAAAACACUACAGUAGAAGACUGGGAUGAAUGUGCUUCCCAAGCUGAGAAUGACUGCUCAGUGUUUGCAGAGUGCAUCAAUUUGAUGGGCUCCUACAUGUGCAGGUGCAAGACAACCAUGGAUACCAAUCCAUUCCGACCUGGAAGAAACUGUGAGGGUGAGAUUGUGGAUCCUCUCACUGAAACUGUGGCUCCUGAAAUAAAAACCAGCACGGACUUGGCUCCUGAGGAAGGCAGAAGCCCUGCAGGCCCUCCUCCCCCUGCCACCAUGGGGACAGCGGCUGCUGCAGGCCCCACGUCUGGUGCCAUCACACUCCUCCCUGCUGCACUGGCCUUGAGUGACAAACAAGCGUCCCACGAUCCCACCAGUGCUCCUCCAGCCCCUUGGCAAAAAGGUCUGUUCCCACAGAUGGCUUUCAGCAGAGACAGCAGCCCUGUGGCAGUGGGGGUCACCCCCCAGCAGGGCACUGGCCAUGGGGACAGCGGCUGCUGCAGGCCUCGCAUCAGGUGCCACCACACUCCUCCCUGCUGCACUGGCCUUGAGGAGCUGCCUGGAAACCCGAGAGACUUUGCUUCAAGAGGUGCAAUUGAGAGCAACAAGGCUGCUGAAGCCUUCCAGAAACUUAGUGGCACAGUUCGGAUAACAAACACGGAAUACUCUCCAGGCUUUAACAAUAACAACAGUGAGGAAAAUCAAACCUUUGCACAGCUCUUUGUUGCUGAAGUGCAGAAAUCUCUGCCCCUUGAGGUGCUGCAGCAGAUGGAUGCUGGUCUGAUUCAAGUGCUGGUAACGGGGGUUACUAAUGGGAGCACAGUGGUAAGUUUCAGUUUGCUGCUUGCAGAAGAAGUGGAUGCCCACCAUGUCAUCAGCACUUUUUGUGAGGCCUUGGAACACAGCUCCCACUUCACCAUGGACAGGAGCAGCCUCUCCACACACGCACUUCCCUUCAGCCAGAAGGCAACAGUGGCAGAUAAGAAACCUGUGAACAGCACAAUUUUACCUGUGACAUCUCUGCAAACUUCAGCUCAUGUUUCCUCCCCUGCUUCACUGGACUUCUCUCCUGCUGAGCACAAAGCUCUGGAGGACCCCAUGUUCUCCAGCACAGGGCUGAGUCCUCUCACCAUGGAUCCCAUGGCAGCUCCUGAUGUUUCUCCUCAAGCACCUCCAGCCCCCCUGGUCAAACCCGCCCAAGAGUUUUCCAUUAAAGAUGCUGUGAGUGUGUCUUGUGAGAUUGAGAGGAUUGUCCUUGCCAUCCAGAAGAGGUUCUUGCAGCAGGAGUCCAUCCCAGAGAGCUCCCUGUUCCUGGGGGAGCCUGGCUGCAAUGUGAGCACCAGCAAUGGCACCCAUGUCGUGCUGCAGGCGGGCUGGAGCGACUGUGGCACCCAGCUUGAGACCAACAUGACUACUACAGUGGUGAGAACCACCCUUCGGAAUGAUGUUUCUGCUCAGGGAAUAAUCCACCACUUGAACAUUGCCAGUCCCAUCCACUGUGUGUUUCAAAAUGAUGUCUUGACUUCCUCUGGGUUCAUUGCAGAAAGACUUUACACCAUCUUUGAGGAUUUGCAUGGACCUGGAUACUUCAGAACAGAAAUGCAGUUGUUCAUUGGGAGCUCCCCAGUGCCCAGAAAUUUCAGUGUCUCUGCCAGUGAGGAUGUGCUGAUGGAGGUGGGGAUGCAGAGGGCAGACAGCCAGCUCAAGGUGGUUCUCACUGAUUGCUGGGCCACUCCAACCAAUAAUUCAGUGGAUCCCCUGCCAUUUGUUUUCAUCAGCAACAGCUGCCCCAUCCCAAAUACUUACACCACACUGCUGGAAAAUGGGAAUUCAAGCAAAGCUCAGUUUAAGAUGAAAAUUUUCUCCUUUGUCAACAACUCUGUGGUUUACUUACACUGCAGAAUUCGCAUUUGUAUGGAGUCACCAGGAAGCACCUGCAGGACUAGGUGCCAUGCAAGGACUCGGCUCCUGAAGGCUGGAGAAACCAUCUCCCUGCACAGAACAUCCUGGGGACCCCUGUGGAAAUCAGCUGCAUCUGGUUCCAAGAGAGAGAAGGAGGCUGGAGUGGGAAUUGGAUCCAUCAUCCUCAUAGCCCUUGCUGUGCUUGGCUUUGUGCUGGGAGUUGUGACCCUGCUCAUUUUCCAGUACCAGCGAAAGACAGGAAGAUGCAACCUCAGGAUCAAGUCUGACAACUUCAGCUACCAAGUAUUCUAUGAUUAG